AUGUUUUCCCAAUGGACUUGCUUAUGGAAACCCUCCAAACCCACCAAGGAGAGCCGACGUGCCCGGAAGAAGAAAGUCGAGGAGCUCACCCCAGAUGAAUACCGCGCGAGAGAUACCGUCAGAUUGGCUCGAUUCCAGGUCACAGGCAAGAAAUAUGCCGAUGCCACAAUUAUUGCCAUCAAUCGUGUUCAGCGUUUCUGGGAUCGACACUGUUCAUUUAUGGGGGUCGACGCCCGCUCUCACCUUUCCGCAUGUGUGGACGAGAACUUCCGAGUCUAUGCCGAUUGGAGAUUGAAAAACUUCAACAUCACCAAACAGAGUACGAUUUGGGUUGAAUGGAAAUUCCUUCGACUGCUCUUUAAGAGGGAGACAGGUCGAAAGGUGGAUGAGUUGGUGGGCGAAUUAAUCAGCGAGUUCAUCCUGGGUCCUUUGACCGAUGAGUACGAUUUGGACCUGUCGAUUGAUUACAAACCGGUGGUGAGUGUGGAAGACCUUGUGGCCAUUCUCCACUACCACUGGUGUCUGGAUACAGCAUCCGUUACCCAUGAACGAUAUACCGUGCAGAAUCCACUGCUCAUGUUGUUUAUCGCCUACACCUCAACGCGGCCCGGAGCACUCAUCGAGAGUGGUUGUCUCCGCGGUUCCAAUGAUGCCCUCUGCUAUAAGGAUAUUGUGCUGCGUGUGAUUCCCAAUCCAGAUCAGCCGGACCGGCAUGUACUUGUGAUGGAAGUAUCUCUUAUGUUCAUGAAGGGGAAGCGGAACAAGUCACAACCGACAACCUAUAUUUUCCACGAACGAGACGACAAUCUCGCGCUUUGUCCUGUCUCCCACUUCCUUGCCCUGGCGCUGGCUGAUGAUGCAUUCGACGCAAGAGGCAUCAACUCGGUUGAAGAUGUGCUCCGCAUUCGGGUUAUGGCGCCCCGUAACAGCCUGCAUCUAAAAUGGAAACCCCACAUGCUCAAUAUCCCCGUGUUCCGUCGAGCCGUACACACCGCAGAGGGGAUUCGGAUCUCUCCAGAUAAAGCUCUGCCCUAUGACACAUUCAACCAGUAUCUCCAACGCCUGGGACGCAAUGCAGGAUUCGAGCACAAGUUGACACCGUAUUGUAUCAGGCGAGGAACCGCCAACGCGGUUGACACUAUUGCAACUACCAGUGAGCGUAACCAAGUCAUGGGCCAUUCCCGAGCGGAUAUCUUCGAACGCUACUAUAUAUCAGUAAAAGUCAAGCGGGAUGUGCAGUCCGCCUACCUUGGCUGCCCUGCCCGAGAGUCCAUCAUCCAGGCUGUUGGAAGGUUCAGCCUCACACGCGAUCCUCGUGCUCCGAAGGAACUUAGCAAUGAGCAGAAGGAGGCAAUCGAGCGGGAUCCCCAGCUCGUCAAGCUGUGUGACCGGCAGCGUUCUUUGCGUAAACUUAUCGAGAGAAAGCACGGUUCGGUUCCAAAAUCCAAAGGCACAGCGCUGCAUCGCGAGUACACAGAGCUUGGGGAUACCAUCAGGGCCGAGAAACAAACCCUCCACCGCGAGGCGUUUGAGGAUAUGAGGCAGGAGUUCUUCGCAACCAUCGACACGGUCGAGAUCGAGAGGCAACUUCUAGGAUUGUCUAUUAGCGAGGAGCUCAAGAUGGACGAUGAGGACAAGGUCCAAUUUGUAUUCGAGGAGCGAGCGCGGCUCGCUCGGAAUCUCUUCCGCUCGUCAGACUGUCGAACCGAAGACCAGCACGAGCUUUAUAUCCGCCGAGUGCAAACAAGCCAGGAUUGGGUUUCACUCUGCAGCCUACGCGAGGGGCCGCGCAAGCGGAGAGUCUCAUCUGCCGAAUCUGGAGUCGAUAUUACGUUCGACGGCAUCAUUGACGCGGACACCUUUCCCAUCUCAUGUCCGGGUACUCAGUGUCUCUUCUGUCUCGGAGAUAGCCAGCUGCCACACUCCGCGCGGAUUUACUCCUUUUCACGACCCGACCACCUUCGAAGACAUGUCCAAAAUUGCCACCUCCCCUACCUUGACCCCGACACUCUGCUCUGGUGCCCUCACCCGUCGUGCCCGGAUGCGCUGGAUGGCGUUGAAGAAUUUCAGGGGCACGCGCUCAUAGUCCACAACGUUUGA